GGAAGCGCUGCCUCCUUGUUAACCGUCUACUUCUUGAAGGCAGGGACCUGGUCUUCCUCAUACCUGCCCCCACCAACCUAACCUUUACACAGUCCCUCAUCCCAUCAGUGUCCCCAUUGGCUGACAUGAUUCCAUGAAGGAAAUCCACAUGGCAACCUGUGCUGACCUCACACUAGAGGCUCCAAGGCAGAACCCAAACUCUCUGGGGGGAGUAAAGCACUUUAGUUCCUUAGUUUCUUGAAUGAAUAUAUAGAGCAGAUGCUGGGCUCUAGCUAAAUAGUUCCUUUCAUCCAUAGGAUUAAAGACUAACAAUAGUGGAAUGAUGGAAAAGGUUCAAAGUUCUUUCACCUUUUUAUUUUUGUUUUUAAUGGAAUGGCCACUUCUUGUAUGCCUGCCUUAUGCAUGUGAGUUCAGACCCCAGUUUAAUAGGGAAUGCCAACCACUGUUUACUUGUCUCAGAAAUGAUAGGAAGUAUGAUACACCUGAGCCUACAAAGAACAACUUUAGAGCACAUUCCAUGGCCCCAAACACCAACACGUGGGAUGCAGUGAUGGUUCCGCGUAGACCUGCUCUUGUUCAAGUCAUUACAAUCGCAUGUAUGGCCUUAAGCAUUGCCCUGGUGUGUGGGGCUGCUGUUUCCUAUAUAAUGUAUCGACUGGUACAGACUGAGGAGAGGCAACAACUUGCAUUGCUUUAUAAAAAUAUCAAGAUACCAUUAUUAAGAGAUGAAGAGAAGCACAGCGGCCAAGAAGAGUCCAGUUACCUAUUUGCAAAGAAAGAAAAGAACCUGGCAAAGUUCAUUAAUUCAGUUAUUAGAUUGAAAAGCAGACACUUCGAAAGGACAAGAUUGAAGAGUAAACAACAGUUAGUAAACGUAAUGAAAUACUGAAUGCUGUGCACCUUGCAAAAGUGGGAAAUCUGUGAAAGCAAAUGAAAGAGCUGCAGGACGUGCUUCCCAGUGUGGAGAAAAUGAUGGCAGGGAUGUCAGACUGAGGACAUACAAACCCUAAGGAAAGAAUACUAGAAGUAUGUAAGAUAAAAUAAACUCAUGUGAUAUAGCAGUUCUUGUACCUUAGCUCUCAUAGUUCAUGAAUAAUUGUAAUGUAAUUGGGCAGAGAAAAAUCCAACUUCGUAAGUGUGAAAGAGAGUUGUCAAUGUUUCUUUCCUUGAUCCUAACCAGAAAUACAAGUAAUUUUGGGGGGCAGUAUCCCAGACUAUACUGAGGAGCCAGUUGAAUUAAACAGAACUUUCCUACUAUCUGCCAAUUCUUGUAGCUUGUUUCCAUUUACAUGAGAAGACUAAGAAUGCCAACUCAGUACCAGAGUAAAGGUGCCCACCUCACCAUUCCAUUGCUAACAAUUCUCAGAGCAGUUAUAUCCCAGGGUUCCAAAUCAGGUGAAGGUCCAGGAAGUGGAGAAGUCAGGCUUCAGCAUACCUCUGUGCCUUUGAAAUCUAUCAAAGUUUAUGGCAAAUCCAUCUGGUCAUUGGAAGGCAGUAUUGUACAUACUCCAAGGUUGGUAUGGUGGAAAUACACUACACAAUGAAUAUGGAUGCCAGCAUGAGGAGACUGGAUAGCUUUUUAAUCAAGUAUCAAGAAAAGAAGGAGAGGAAGAACAUGAAUCUUGUCAUCCAAUGAUUGUUGGCAUGAAUUCAAUGCCAACAGGAAUUUCCAAUUUGGGGUACAGUGAAGCAGGGACUUUAUUCAAUAUAAAACAGUCCAAAUAUGAUACAACACAGCUGUAGAACAGUUUUGGGGCCAUCCAGCUGCUCUGUGGCUCAGUCCAGCAACAUGUACUGAGGAGCCAGAGGGGAGCUGGCUUAUGUGGACAGGAAUCCCUGCCCUUGUCCCCGAUUGGUCUGUCCUCUGGAGGAUUCCAAAUUCUCGCAGUUUGGCCCCAAAGUCACUGUCCUAUUUAAUCAGACUAGAGCUGCUCUGCAUGGGCAGAACUGCACAGCUCUGAUGGGGAAAGCAUCAGUACUGUUAGUUGAAAUAGGUUUCUAGAACUCCACUAUAAGGGCUGGCUUAGGUGGCAGGAACACGGUGCGGGCAAGCAGUUCAGCACACGCUUCUCUUUGUAGUUUGUGUGAGAGGACCCUGUGAAGAAAUGGCUGCUGAGCUCUUUAAAAAAAAAAAAAUUAAGCCCAGUUAUCGACCAGGAAUUCAUCCUAGUUGGUGUCUUCCCUCCCCUCCCCAGGGUUCACAGUCUUCACGUGCAGAUGGACCUUAGCAAAAUCACUGUGGUAGGCAGACUUCUAAGGUGAUCCCCCAGAUUUCCACCCCUUUAUGUUAAAAGUUUAUAAUCCCCUCCCUUUGCAAAUAUGACGUUACUCUCUUGAUUAGGCAAAGGUGGUAGGUUAGUUGCUCUCUUAAUUGUUACAAACUAGAGAGCCAUCUCCCUAGUGUUUAGGGACUGGCUUCAUGCAGGGAAAGACCUUCAUUAACCAACCCAGUGUGAAUACUGAAGGCCUGGUCGCUGGCAGCAGUAUGUGUAUGUGUGUGUUUUCCCCAAUUCUGCAGUAUGUACAAAGUUUGUGCUAAAUAGCUUGAUUUUAGAGGGUACAAAACAAUAGUCCUAAGUAUUACAAAUGACAAAACAAAAUAAUGACCUUUAAAAACUUGCUAAUUCAUACCCUGGUUGGUGUGGCUCAGUUGGUUGAACCUUGGUCAGUUGGAUUCUCCAUCAGGGAGCAUGCUCACGGGGUUUGUGGGGUGGAGUCUCUACCUGGGCAGUGUUUCUCUCUCUACCUUCCUUUCUUCCUAAAAGCAAUGGAAAAAUGUCCUGGGAUGAGGGUAAAAAAAUAAUAAUAAAAACUUGACAAUUCAAGAAUCCCCCAAAUUAUCCCUAAAUUAUGCGAUUGUGUCUUUUCACAGAUAUCACUAAUACACUUUCUAAAAGUGAGAUCUUCCUUUUUUCACUAUCCAGUGAUACCCAGAGGCAAUUCUUCCACCAUCUUCGAAUCGCUACAUAGUCAUUACUAAUAGUUUUCUAAAACAGUUUUUAAAGUGAUGUUUAGCCCUGGCUGCUGGCUUAGUGGUUUGAGUGCUGGCCUAUGAACCACAGGGCCACCAGUUUGAUUCCCAGGUGGGGCAGGUGCCUGGGUUACAGGCCAGGUACCCCAUACAGGGUGCACGAGGCAACCACACAUUGAUGUUUCUCUUCCUCUCUUUCUUCCUCCAUUCCCCUCUGUCUAAAAAUAAAUAAAUAAAAUCAUUUUAAACAAGUGAGGUAUAG